AUGCUCAGAAGGUGCUCCAAUAUCCCUCGUUCGGCCCUCAACCUAUCCAAACCUGCCGUCAGAGCGUUCACAAAACCCUCUCUUCCUGUAUCAGCUUCAGCUUCUCAACUGUCUUCCAAAGACAACGUCCUCUUCGAAUUAGAUGUCAAAAAGGUAGGAAAUGAGAUCAGAAAGAGAGGUUUGAGCGGUGCUCUCAGUGGUCAAAGGGAAGGUGGUAUGGACAGAGACACUAUCAUUCGAUUACUGUACUCUCUCGGAUCACGGCACGAGGUUGAGAGAUACCUUCGUAUCUUUACCCAGUCAUCAAAAGACGCUGCCGCAGGUGGUGUUCUUCCGGAAGCUAAAUUCGCUGUUCUCAAAAUCGGUGGUGCUAUCCUCACCAACGAGCUUGAUGACCUUGCUCUUUCUCUUUCUUUCUUGAACCGACUCGGUUUAUUCCCUGUAGUUCUCCACGGUGCUGGUCCUCAACUUAACGAUAUACUUGAAGCAGAAGGUAUCGUUCCUGAUUACGAGGAUGGUAUUCGUAUCACAGAUCCUAAAACUCUCUCUAUCGCCCGACGAGUCUUCCUUCAAGAAAAUCUUAAACUCACCACCGCUCUUGAAAGACUUGGAACGAGGGCUCGACCCAUUCCUACAGGUGUCUUCACAGCAGAAUAUCUCGACAAAGAGAAAUACGGUUUGGUCGGUAAAAUCACUCGAGUAGACAAAGCUCCUAUCGAAGCUGCUAUCCGAGCUGGCUGUUUGCCUAUUCUUACUUCUCUCGCUGAAAAUGCCGAAGGUCAAAUUCUGAACGUCAACGCCGAUGUCGCUGCUGGAGAAUUGGCUCGAGUACUCGAACCCAUGAAAAUCGUCUACCUCAACGAGAAAGGUGGUCUCUUCCACGGUGUUUCCGGCAAGAAGAUCUCCACUAUCAAUCUCGAUGAAGAGUACGAUUCACUCAUGAAAGAGUCAUGGGUCAAAUUUGGUACCAAACUCAAGAUUAGAGAGAUCAAAGAACUUCUUGACACCCUUCCUCGAACAUCCUCCGUUGCUAUCAUCUCCACCGAUGCCCUCCAGAAGGAACUUUUCACCGACGCGGGUGCCGGUACCUUGAUCCGACGAGGACACAAACUCUACAAACAAUCUGGUGUUGAAGCUGUUGGUUCAUCUCAACUUCGACAAGUCUUCACGGAACGAGAUUCUGAAGUCAGUUCCGGUAAACGAUCCGUCGCCGAAAUCUUCUCAGAUCUCAAGAGUAGUCCUUCCACCAUCUAUGGAGACGAGCCAUUCGACGUUGUAGCUGUCAUUUCCCACCCUGCUGGUGAAACUCCAGUAAUGACCAAAUUCCUUCCUUCUCAAAAUGGUAUUCUCAACAAAAUCGCAGACAAUGUCUUUGACGCUAUCAAGAAAGAUCACAAGCGACUCUUCUGGACUGCUAAAGCCGAUGACGAGAACCGAGCAUGGCACUUUGAAAGAGCGGAUGGAAGCUUCACCCGAGCUGGUAGAAGUUUGUUCUGGUACGGUGUCGCCGAUGUGAAAGAAGUCGAGAGAAUCAUCGAAAGCUUCGAACAAACGGGAAGAAUUGAAAGAGUCUUCCUUCCUGUCGGUCCCAGCACACCUCCUCAUCGAGCUGCUUCUCUCGGCGGAGCUAGAGCCUUCUCCACCUCAGCUCGACCUUCACUCAUUGGAUCAUUCCCUUCUACUGCUCGAAGAGGUUACGCUACCGCCGCCGAGGUGCCUCGAAAAAAGGUCGCUUUGAUUGGAGCUCGAGGAUAUACCGGUCAAAACCUUAUAUCUCUACUCGACGGUCACCCCCACAUCGAUCUCACUCAUGUGUCUUCUCGAGAACUCGCUGGUCUCCCUUUGAAAGAAUACAAGAAAUCACCUGUAUCGUAUUCUAACCUCUCCGUCCAAGAUGUAGGCAAGAUGGCUGAAUCAAAUGAGGUCGACGCUUGGGUAAUGGCUCUUCCUAAUGGUAUCUGUAAACCGUUCGUCGAUGCCAUCGAUGCCGCUUCUUCGAAAGGUGGAAAGGGUGUAAUUGUAGAUCUAAGUGCCGAUUAUAGAUUUGAAAAUGAUUGGACAUAUGGAUUGCCGGAAUUGUACGGACGUGAAGAAACUAAAUCGUCAACCCGAAUUUCAAAUCCCGGAUGUUACGCUACCAACACCCAGCUCUUACUUGCUCCUUUAAUGCCUCAUCUCGACAAAGCUCAGAUGCCAUCCAUAUUUGGUAUCUCUGGAUUCUCAGGUGCGGGAACUAAAUCGGGUGAAAAAGAUGCUGAGGGGAGACCCAAGACUGUGCCUAAAGUUUCUGCCGAAGAUCUCGGACUUUCGGUUCGACCAUAUACGUUAACUGAUCAUAUCCACGAACGAGAAUCAUCUAAUCACUUAUCAAAGUUACUGUCUUCAGGCUCAGAAUCAGAUUUCAAAUUGGCUUUCAUCCCAAGUGUAGCACCAUGGUUUUCAGGUAUCAUCUCAGUCCUCACAGCGCCAUUGGAUAAAACAUUUAGAGCUUCAGAGAUAUUCGAAUUAUAUCAAGAGAAAUACCAAAAUGAAAAGUUGAUCACUUUGGGUAAAACUGUUCCGGAUGUAAGAGAUGCUGAAGGUAAACAUGGUUGGAGAAUGGGUGGUGUACAAGUUCACAGUUCAGGUAAACGAGUGGUUGUCGUUGGCGCAUUGGAUAACUUACUUAAAGGAGCUGCUACUCAAUGUUUGCAAAAUCUCAAUAACGCUCUUGGCUACGAAGAACUUGCGGGUAUCCCUCUUGAUAAACUCUAA